AGAUUUCAAGUUUAUUUGUGGUCAAAAGACCGAUCAUAUUUGAUUUUGAACGAAUCAAAAUGGAUGCUGGGUGUGAAUGAACUAUGUACUGAAAAACGAACAGCUUUUUAUCGAGUUGUGUCGUGGGCCCGAUUUUAAUUGGGAAUCCGGCGUCGCGAUUUUGUUUAGCCAAUAUUGAAAUAGUGAGAAACGUAGUGUUAAAGGAAAAAGGAUCAACCAUAAUAACGUUCAAUACAGAAGUCACCGUGUCGGUAAUGUGUUUAUACGAAAGAUUCGGUGGAGCCCACAAUCCGCAGGUGGCACUAGGAUGAGGACUUUGACGGAUAUAUUGUAUGUCGAUCCGAAUUCGCGAGUGUUUAAUGCGUCGGUGUUCCCCUGUCUCGGUGCGACAUGGCGAGACGGCUCGGACUAAAGUGUCGCUCGCGUGAUGUAUGAGCGGUCAGACAUGAAAUGCAUAUACAGGAAGGAACAAACACAACUCUGACAACAUGUACCAAAAUGACAGAGGAAGUAGACAGAAGACAUGGCGUGAAUGGUAACAGCAGCAGUAAGGGUGCGAGUGAGGAUGCUCCUGUGAACAGUUCUGCUCUCACUGCUACUGGUGGGAGGCUUAAGUUUUUCAAAGAUGGAAAGUUUAUUCUGGAGUUGGUGCGCGGGUGCGCACGAGAAGGCGAACGUGCUGGCUGGGUGUCGGUGCCACGUAAGACGUUCUGGCCGCCGGCCGCCGCGCCGCCCACGCCACCCGCAGCUGCGCACCCGCCCUCCGCCUCGCUGUCUGUCUCUGACGACAACAGCUCCGUGCAGUCUUCGCCGUGGCAGCGCGACCACUGCUGGAAGCAAACUGCACCGCGCAGAAACAUUUCCAAAGAGUUAGCCAUGUACUACUGCCGACCCAGCACUCUGCAUACCGCCGCUAUCGAGGUGGCCAGCCGGCUUAAGCGAAGGAGACCGUAUGACACCACUCACCUGGAUGGAAUCGUAAAUGGGACUAAUUCCAGGAAAACAUUAACUAAUGGAGUUAAUGAUAAAAAGAAUGGCGACGUUGGAUCGCCAGACAACAGGGCUUGUCGGAGCGAUGACGUUGUCGACGGCACUGGACCGAAAGUAAAGACCAACUCUGAUGACGAUCGAUGGACUGAUUACGAUCGAGAAAAAUACUAUCACAUGAAACUAAAGAAACCGUAUCAGUAUCGUAAGUUAAGGGUUUAUAAAAAGACGAAACCUGCGCUAAGACGUAAGGAAUUGACUAAAACGAUAAAUAAACUUCGCGAUAGAAUUUCUUCUCUACCUGUGCCUGUUAAUGCGAAAUUAGCAAACUGCAGGCAGGAGCAUAUGAUGGUGUCUCCGAGAAAACGCAUUCUCCGAGAGUUGGAACGAGUAAGUCUUGAAGACCAGAGUAUGAAACGUCGAGCUAAAACAGUGCCCGCUUUAAGUACAGCUUCAUAUCCACCGUCACCUGGUCCUAGCCACACCACGCACAAACCAGUCGUUGAGACGCCGAUACGAUCACAUAAUGGUACGGCAGCACCACGGAAAGAGACGCCAAGUCAUGUUUCCAAGAACGUUAGCAGUUAUAGUAUACACUCUCUUUUAAGUAUGCCAGACGACAGCCCAACAAGGAGGUCUCCAGAGGCGAAGCGGUCUCCGCACUCGCAUCCACCGUCCUUGAAAACUGAGUCACCAUCGAGUGUAAACUCGCCAGAUUUGAGUCCAAGCCCAGAUAAUUACCGUUACCGGUACUCCGCGCUGAUGGGCUCACCAGGCCAGGGUGGGCUAGCACGUGACUCGCCUACGCCGCCACUGGAGCUAGCUCGCUACCGGGCGCCCUACCCGCCGCCCACCUCGCCGUACGGCGUGCGGCAGUGGGGCGGUGUAAGCGUGGGCGCGCAAUACCGUGGAUCGCCAGCACGCGACGAGUGGGGUCGGGACAUGGCUUACAUGUACCCGUACUCUUACAUGGGCCCUCAUUUAUAUCGCACACCGCCGCCGCCGCUCUGGAUGCAGUAUCCUAUGUCACCCGGUGUGCCGCCGGGCCCUUGGGCUCCUCUGGCGAUGCCGCUUACCAACGACCACAUACCUAAAGAUGAACCUACUUCAGAUUUGCCGCUCAAUUUGUCGAAACACUGAUGUACACGGCGCUGGCGCAAGUCUGACACGUGAGACUGAACACACAAACAAACAUUGUUUUAAUAAAUUCGGUCAAUUUCGCUCCAUCGUGCGUGACACGUACACCGAGUCCCGCCAUGUUAUAUGCUACGUAAAUCUUUCGCGUGUGUUGUUAAAAAAAGGCGAUUUAGACUUUUAAAUUGAUAUGUAGCUGAUAAUAUGGCAAAACAGCAAUAUUCAUGAUCUAUAGGUAAAGUUAAUGAUGCAUGUGGAAGAUAAGCACGGUAAACUUGUGGUGUCAUGUCGUCAAUAUAAUUGUCCAAUGAACAUUCCACUCACAUUCAACGAUUGGCGCAUGCAGAAAUCCAAAAAUUAGAUCCCACCUAACCCAGCGUAUGUGAUCGCGCUGUUGCGAUUAUGUAUUUUAUAUAUUGUAACUGUAGCAAAUAUCUUUUGCAAGCUUGCAAAAAUAUUUUUGUAUAGAUUGUCGUUUUCCGACUGAGCACUCUGUUCGGGGAUCUAUUUACAAACUAAUGUAUAUUACACUGAAAUAUUAUAUUUUAGUAUAGAUGUAUGUAUGCAGAGUCAUGUGUGUAUUUUCAUACGAAAUAUUUGUACUGCGAAAUAAAUAUUUUAAUAUUGGCUA